AUGAAAUUGAGUAUCCUUAGGGCAUUCGUUGUACUUUUGGUUGCACAUACCGUGACAGCCGCACCAGUAGAGAAACUGGUGGAAAUUGUACGCCAGGACGCCGAUGUGGUGCCAGAAAGCUACGAAUUCGGCUUCGAGACAAGCGAUGGCACACAACACGAAGAGGAAGGUCAGCUAAAAAUUGUUGGAACCGACAGUGAGGCAAUCACCGUGAAGGGCUCCUACAAAUAUGUGGGCGAUGACGGCGUCACCUAUAACGUGAGCUAUACAGCUGAUGAGCAUGGCUUCCAGCCGCUGGGCGAUCACUUACCGAAAGCAUAA